AGAUACAGACUACUAGUUGAAGUCUAGAACACACACUGAAACGCCUCACCUCUUCUGUAUUGCAGCCAUGGGAGGAGAGAAUCUGAAAUCUCUCGUCACUUCUUUCACUCCAGAGGGUGAUUUCCUCGCCAUUUUAUCUCCAACUGGAAACGUUAAGAUCUGGAAUACAGGUAAUGGAGAUCUUUUUGCAGAGUGGAAGGAGCUAAAUGGGGACUCUGAUAUUACUUAUUCUUGUUUGGCAUGCAGUUUCAUUGGGAACAAGCGUAGCAAAAAACAUGGCACAUUCUUACUUGCUCUUGGCACAAAUGCUGGUGACAUUUUGGCUAUUAAUGGUUUCACUGGUGAGAGGAAGUGGACAAAUACUGGAUGCCACCCUGGUGGAACUGCAGGUCUCUCUUUUGCAAAUAAAGGCUACAGCCUUUACACUGUUGGCUCUGAUGGGCUGGCAUCUGAGCUGGACUCUAAAACUGGAGAAGUUAUUCAAAAGUUCAAGGUUUCAAAGAAGCCCGUCUCCUCAUUUGCCCUUUCUAAUGAUGAGAAAACUUGUGCUGUUGCCCACACUAAGAUUCGGGUUUUCAGCCUGGAAAGCAAAAAAGAAAUUCAGAGCUGCUUUGCUGAUCUGAGCCCAGUACGGUAUAUUGCUAUCUCUGAUGGUGCCAAGGCGAUUGUUACGUCCAGGUUCAGUGAGAAGCAGCUUCAAGUGUGGGAAUGUGAUUCCAGCAGCAAAACUAUAACAGCUGGACCUAUCCUUUCCAUGAGAUAUCCUCCAUUAGUUUUAGAUUGCCAGAACUCUUGCAAUAACAGAGAUGGUUUGGUCAUCCUCUCAGUUUCAGAGUCGGGUACUGGGUAUGUAUGGGACUUGAAAACCCUUUCACAAGAGGAGGCAAACCCUACUAAGAUAAUAGUCAAAUCUGUUAAAGCAGAAGCAAACCAGCAGGAGAGUGGAAGUGCCAAGAAGGGUCGCAUUCCUAUUAUUGCUGCCAGAUUGCACGAUUUAGGAAAGGAUGGGCUAGUUUCUGUCCUUAUCGCUUAUGGGUCAGCAGAUCAUCCACAGUUUAAUUUCCUUGAUAUUACUAAUAUAGGGGAGGACAUUGUUAUAACUACUAAAGAAGAAAACUCUGUGAUUGAUCUCCAAAAUCUGUCAGGAGCAACAGAUCCACCAAUCCAGAAGAAAACAGUGAGUAAGAAACGAGCAGCAUCUGAUCCUGAUCUUGCAACAGAGAACAUCACUGAUAUUGGUCAUGCAGAGGCUAUUGAUGAGCUCCAUGUUGAGGAUGAUUUGAAUGAACCAACAAUGGGUGAGAAGCUAGCAAGACUAAACGUAUUUGAUGAUGAUAAAGCCAACACUCUGGAAAACCAUGGGUCUCCUACUGAGGCAAAACUUCCCAGUGCUGAUUCAGUUUAUGUUUUGCUUAAGCAAGCGCUACAUGCUGAUGAUCGGGCACUACUGUUAGAUUGCUUAUACACGCAAGAUGAAAAGGUUAUCGCGAAUUCAACUUCAUUGUUAAAUCCAUCUGAUGUUCUCAAACUUCUGGACUCCCUAGUAUCUAUGAUUCAGUCAAGUAGGGGUGCUGUGUUGGCUUGUGCCCUUCCAUGGCUAAGAAAUUUGCUUCUUCGGCAAGCCAGUUGUAUAAUGUCCCAGGAAUCUUCUCUGCUCACCCUCAACUCUCUAUAUCAGCUGAUUGAGUCUAGAGUUUCUACCUUCAGGUCAGCAGUCAAGCUAUCAAGUUGCCUAGAUUAUCUCUUUGUAGGGAUCUCUGAUGAUGUGGCUGAUGAGACGAGCACGAUAAAUCCCAUAGUUUAUGAGGAUAAGGAUGAAAGUGAUGAAGAGGAACCUGAAGAUGCUAUGGAAACUGAUGAAGAGAGUAAUGAAGAAGCCAUGGAAGCCAUUAACGGUUUUAGUGAUUUUGAAGAAAGCGAUGACUUAAGGGAAUGAGAUUAUAAUAGAAUCCAAUGCGGCAAAGCAACUUCCUUCUAAGGAAUUCUGAAUUUUUGGUCCUAACAAAGAAACAUGGGAUGAUACUGGAUUCAGGGUUGCAUACCAUCCAUUGCAGUGUCACAAUUUGAGAAUCUGAUUAUCAGUGAUUGAUUGCUUACUCCAAUGUAGCAAAUGUUGUAUUGCACAAGUAUGUGCUAAAAUUUUGACAUGUGGGUUUGAAAUUAUUGAAACAGUUCAUCAAUGUGAGCUUCUAAUUUAAACUU